UGGAGUAAUAAGCAGUAAUCAGUACAUGUUGAACGUUGAAUUAAACAGAUCAAAACACUGGUGCAGGAACAGAGAAGUAGAGAGUUUGAAAAAGCCAAAACGAUCCAAAUUCUGCGAGAAAAUGAGUGCCGAUUGAACAUGAAUGGUUUUGUAUUAUUUUUGUUGUGGCAUAUCCAUAUCGUCAACAUAGUCCUUUUUCUCGUUAUCAACUUCAAAUCCGUCCAUCAUCCAUCCAAAAUCGAGCAUAAAUUGUUGCUUAUAUCUGUACAUUUCGUCAUUUCCCUUCUCUCUACUUCUAGAUUCUAUUGAUGCACCAUAUCGGUAUACAUACUGUCGAUGAAAGGAAGGAUUAAUUAAGACAAUGCUGGCUGCUUCGUAUAAUUCUCCAUUUGGGUCUGCUGCUCAGAUUACCCGGACCGGACUUUAAAGUUGUAUCAAUUGGUAUCUCGGGCCUUCUUGUCGCUUCUUGUUGACCCUGAAUGUAGAGCAGCAACGGCGCACGAAUUAAAAAAGACCAUUCUCCUGAUCUGCUUACUGCUUAAGGGAUCAGUAUUGACUAAUAUACCUUCUCAUCACAGGGUUUCUUGAAACCGUAAAAUUACACAGCAACUGUUUUUUAUGUAUUGUUUUGGUGCGUACAAAAUUUCACAUACUCGGUUGAUCGUGGAGAAAUAUUAUAUGGUGAGACACACCCUAUUUGCAAUGAUUCUGUUGCUUUGUGCUAUUGAAACUCCGGUAGGGUAGAUCGCUUGCUCUACUAUCACCUUAACAAAUCACAAUAAUAUUGAUACUUCCUCUUUAA